UUCUUCAUGUGAUUAGAGUAAGAGACUCCACCCAAAAAGAUGGCUGAUUGUCUGGCGAUUGAGCAGAGAAACUAGGCGUUUUUCUUGACUUAUCGCUCAAUAAGCCUAAGCCUAUUCCCACUGCGAGUAGAAAUGGAAGCAAACGGAGCUUGGAGACCAACUAAAAAUGCUAAAUACGGAGUGGUGGUGUACAGCUAUGAGCCCCAGAAGGUGACCUAUCCGUUCCUAAGGCUACAGCUGGGUGACGUGGUUCAAAUACUGGAGGAGAAUGCCGGCUGGUAUCGAGGGUUCUGUAUUAGGGACAAGCACAACAAAGGAAUAUUCCCUGCCUCACACGUGCAUCUCAAAGAUUGCACUUUACAAAAUUCAGGACCUGAUGAAGUGGUGUUACCCAAGGAGGAGUCUGUUGUCAAAGAGAUAUCGGAUGUUCUCAGGGAGUGGAGUGUCAUCUGGAGGAGACUCUAUGCUGAGGGUAAACGUCUUCAGUUCCAAGAGCUGACUCAGCUCAUGAGAGAUCUGCUCGAUCGUAGACGUCAGAUACAAUCAAAGACACUACCUAGGGAUGAGUUGAAGGAGCUGAAGCUGUUUGUGGCCAGUAAGAUUGACUAUGGGAACCGACUGCUGACACUGGACCUGGUUCCCAGGGACGAGAGUGGGGCACCCAUCAACCCAAAGACAGCUGGUGUCAUGCAACUCUACAGUGUGAUCAAGCAGGUUUCUCAGCAGCAAAGCAGUUCAGACUCUGUGGCUAAUAAACGCAAGAGCUACAUGCAGAUUACCACGCAACCCAACUCGACACAAAAGGAUGAGCAUCAUAUCUUCCUCAAGUUCUCAGCUCUAGCCCUUCAAGUCAACGAGCCGUGCGAGCUCUAUUUCUUCCUCUACGAUGCCAGGCAGUCCAAGACUCUCAGUGAGCGCUAUGUCAUAUCCCUGUCCCAACACUGUCUUCCUAGAGAUGCAGAGAAGAUCAACCAGUGCUUUGCUGUCUUUACUGACAUUGAUAGCACUGAUCUCACCAACAAGAACCUCUACCUGGCAUGUCAAAUCAUCCGAUUCGGUAACCACCUAGAGAAUAAGGCCACCACAAACCCACUGCGUAAGGCUCAUGGAGCGGCAGUGUGGCCGCUACACGAGUUGCUUGAAGCCAGCCAAAAUGGAGACCUGGAUGAGAAGGACCUUCAGAUGGAUGUCUAUACAUGCCCUCCUGUUGAGUAUCACAAGCUGCUCGACUCUAUCAUCAAGAAGCAAGGAAUCUUCAAUCCCACUGACAAGGGAAAUGGUGUGUUCAUCUCCCUCAAGCCACUGAAGGGCACCAUGGCUAAAGUAAAGGAGGAGAAUCCACUGCUUUUCAGGAAGUUCACUGCGGAGUGUCACAAGCUCUAUUUCCCAGAGAUCAUCAGACCCUAUGAUGUCCGACACGAUGUGUACCUGACGAUGGUGAGUGGUGUGUUCACCAAGGGAACCAAGAGAGCGGAUAAGAACGUAGAGAUUAAUGUGGAGAUUCUCGACGACAGGGACAUUGUCAUACCAAACUGCAUAGCUGCUGGUAUUGGUGAGCCUUGUACCAGUUCCUACACCUCCCUGGUCCAGUACCACUGUGCCACCCCAGUCUUCAAUGAGACUAUGAAGCUCCACAUCCCUCCUGAGCUGAUGCCCAAGGCCAGAGUCAGGUUCUCCAUGUAUCACAAGUCCACCAUCAUCUCUAGCCGACUCAACAAGAAUGAGCCGUACGCCAUUGCUCAUCUCAAACUGAUGAAGGACGAUGACACCACCAUUGAAGAUGGACAGCAUGAGCUAUACGUCUACAAGUACAAGGAGACUGCACGAGGGGCUUACAAGUACACGUCCCUGCCGUGCAUCAAUGAGGCGGGCACUCCACAGAUAGUCAACAACGACUUACUCUCUCCCAGAGACAGCUUCCUCCUUAGAACAAAGAUCUGCUCUACCAAACUCACACAACACGGUGACCUUCACCGACUGCUCCACUGGAGACAGAAUGUGGAGCGACUUCCCUCGAUACUCACAGCCAUGUCAAAAGUCCCUGGCGACGAAAUUGUUAAGUUCCUGUCUGACACAUUCAAUGCUUUGUUCUCAAUCAUGGAGGAGAUGGCAGAGGAAGUGGGAGAACUGGUCUUUGAGGCUCUGGUGUUUAUCAUUGGUCUGUUGGCAGUGGAGAAGUACGAGAACUUUAGACCAGUGUUGGACAGCUAUUGUGACAAAAACUUCCAGGCUGCCACUGUGCACAGUCACCUGGUGGCCAAGAUGAAGUGGGUGUUUGACCAAGUGAUGAUCUUGGAUGGUGGCAGAAGAUUGAGGGGAGACAUCAUUCAGAAAACUCUCAAGGCUGCCGAGUUUCUGGUGAAGUUCAUCAUGAAAUCAAGAGCUCUCUUUGAGCAGGGCACUCGAGGCAAGGGAAGUGAGACGUUCAGACAGAGUGUCCACAGUUUGCUGACCACCAUCUGUGAACUGAUGGGCCUGGAAUGCGGGGAGAAUGAGUUGAUAGCACCCAGAGCACAGGCACAGGCCCUCCAGUUCCUACCAGCCACCUUUGACCUCUUCCUCUCCGUACUCAGUGUCGACUCACUAGGGGCGAUUGUGGCUAAGCUUCUUAACAACCUCCGAGAGACUAAGCUGAAGAUCUACAAGUCUGUGUUUGUGUCAGCAGUGGUCUCCAGCAAGCUCUUCCAGGAGAAAGAAUCUCGUGUGCUGGUGUUGCCAGCCAUCCUGAGACACCUGCGUUACCACAUCAGCAACAGGGAUGACCUCCUCGACAAGUGCCUCACUGUCCUGGGAGCCAUUAUGAAGCAGCUGCACGACCAGGACCCCGCGUUAGUGGAUGAGGAGGUGAAUGUGGUGGUACAGAGCAUGCUCCACACUCUCCUAGAGUGCUUCACCUCACUCACAGAGAGAAUGGACAAGGUACCACCUACAGUGGGCCACUGUGUGGUUGUGCUGAUGGCUGUGUUGGAACAGAUGACCCCUCGACACUACCAGCAACUGAGGCUCUCUCUCAUGGACACCUCUAACACAGAGUCUGUCGACCUCGGGGAGUUCAUUUUGUGCACAUUCAAUGCGUUUUGUGAGCUGGCGGCCCUCAACCUCUAUGCCAAUGUCUGGACUGUUCUCAAGCUACAGCUCAACUAUGUUAUACUUCGUACGACCAAUGCACUGUCACGAAUCCUGGUGGAGGACUUUCUGGGCAGCGGUGAGAACGACGCUGUCGCAGUCACGUUCAACCCCUCACUAUGGCAAAACUUCUUCCAGCUGGCAGUGGCCUUCACAUGUCAGUACCCUCUCCAACUAGAGGUCAUGAGCGAGGUCAAGAUGAACAGGGUGCUCACCAGCUAUGGUGACAUGCGUAUAGCCAUGAACUCGCUAAUGGUGAGCAAGUGGCAGGCUCUGGGCAACUACCAGGGUCGCUACGUACCUGGUAUGAUUGGCCCCUUCCUCAAGGUCUCCCUCAUUCCCCACAACUCCAUUCGUCGGACCACCAUACCCAUCUUCUUUGACAUGAUGGAGAAUGAGUUCAAGUACAGAAAGAAUUUCCACAUGAUGGAGACUGAGAUGAUUGACAAGCUUGACUUGUACAUCAGUGGAGGAAAUGGGGACUCAAAAUAUCGCCAGCUACUGUACCACAUGUUGUCGGAGAGGUGCAAGACCCACCCCCACAUGGACAGGGAGGCUGGGAUGCAGUUCAUCGAGAGUUUGGCUGAGCUAUUGCGCAGACUGUUGGACUACCGUACUGUACAGCAGGGAGAUCGCGACCUCCACAUGCACGUCAUGUUCAAUCUGCUGAACUUCUACAAAGAAAUGGGAAGAGAAGAAAUCUACAUCAGGUACAUCUACCACCUUGCUGAGCUUCACAAGUCCAUCGGGAGCUGGGUGGAGGCUGGCUUCACUCUGUUGCUGCAUGCACAGCUGCUUCAAUGGUCUCAGCAGAUGCAGAAACAGGAGGGACAGUACCCCAAGCAGAGUAGUGCUGAUCGGAAAGAGUGCCUCUAUCAUGACAUCAUUGACUAUUUUGACAAGGGAAAGCUGUGGGAGUGUGGUAUUGAGCAGUGCAAGGAGAUCGCCUCUCAACUGGAGACAGUCACCUUCAACUUUGAGAAACUCAGCGAAACACAUAAUACGAUAGCUCGGUUCUACUCAAACAUAGUGCGAGAGAUUCGUGCAGAGUCAGAGUACUUCCGUGUUGGUUUCUAUGGCGGAUUCCCUCCCUUCCUCAAGAGCAAGGUGUUCAUCUUCAGAGGUCAUGAGUACGAGAAACUUGCAGACUUCAACUCCAGAAUGUCCAACCUCUUCCCUAAUGCUAAGUUUAUGAAGUCCCUGGAGCCACCUGGUCUAGACAUCAUUGAGUCUACUGAACAGCACAUCCAGUCGUGUUCGGUGGAACCCAUCCCAGAGAGAGAGACCAUGAGCAUGUUUGAUGGCAAGAAUGUGACUGAGUCCAUUGUUAGGUUCUACCACACCAACUAUGUGCGACGUUUCAUGCUCAAGAGGCCGUUUCAUCGCGGGCAGAAGGACAAGAGCAACGAGUACAAGACCCUUCACACUGAGUGCACAGUGUACACAACUGCCCACCGUUUCCCGGGUAUCUUGCGCUGGUUUGAGGUCGUCGACACGGAAGUGAUUGUGAAGAACCCAGUUGAGAACGGUAUUGAGAUGGUGCUGGACAAUGUACAGCAGUUGAAGACGGUCAUCAAUCGGAUACGCUCUGACCCCUCCCAGUCUACCAACCCCCUCACCAUGAAGCUCAACGGCACUCUGGAUGCUGCCGUCAAUGGAGGAGUCAGCAAGUUCGAUGUGUUUUUCACUCAAGAAUUUCUGGAGAGCAAUCCUCGCUGCAAGCCACUGCUGGCCAAGCUCAAGAAAUACAAGGAAGACUUGUGCAAGGCAUGUGAGGAAGGUGUUGCCCUUCACGCUCAAGUGGGGCCAGAAAGUAUGAAGGAGCUGCAUCGCAGAAUGGAAGAGCUUCUGGAGGACUACAGGGCUCGCUAUGGUGGUGGGUUCUCAGCCCAGGAAGAUCCGUACGACCCAGUCACAUUCAGUGAGCCAGAGUUCAAAAGAGAUAGGCUUCUCUCUUCCGCUGGACCAAGAAGAGACAAGUUCCGAAAAAGUGAUCGGUCUACAACAAUAUCUAGUGGAAGACCCCCAUCCUUCCAUGAAAAGUCACUAGAAAGUUCUGGGUCACCCGUUCUUCGAAGAGAUCGGUCAGCUACAUCAGCCAAUGACCUUGGAUCAGAUUAUGACAUUGCUGGUUCUUUCCAGAAGCACCGUCAGUUCGGUUCAGGCUCCAGGUUAGAACCUCCUGCCCCUCCAGUGCCCACACAUAAAGCCGAAACUCCACCCGCUCCACCAAUGAGAAGAAAUAUUAUUCCUCAAGGCAGUGUGAUCAGUAUGAGCAGUGUUGUAUUGGUAGACGAGUCUCCACCCCCCGCCCCACCUCGCUCCACUUCUGUCAGAAUGAGCAUGAGUCGGAAGGACUCUUCACGAGAGGACUCCCCAGCAUCCACACCAGUUGAUGGUAACACGCCGGUGAGCUCUCUCCGUGACCUGUCUGAACCGCAAGUGCCCAACAAUCAGGAAGCAGGUGCUGAGAACCCCACCUCUACCAGCCCAGAUGUUCCUCCAGCCCUGCCCGCCAAGAAAGCACGGAGAGGAAAUUCGGUUCAAGUAUUGCAAGGAGGUCCGCCCACUGAUGAGUCCACCUCCUAACAACACCAUAUUUGUACCACCAUGAGUCUAUAAUAAUUAUAUCAGAUCUAAUUUUCUAUGCAAACUAUUAUUAUACUCCAUUUGUUCAGUAUUAUUAGUAUAAUGCUAGCGAUUUUUCGAGUGCUAGUUUUUCUAACUUUUAGUAGGUGUGCCAGCUGUAUUGAUUGAGUUCAUAUAAUAUAGGAUUCAAUUCCAGUGUUAAUUUGGGUGUUUUGUGUGUUACCUGACAAUAAUACAUCUCGGCAUGCAGUGCCAUUUGAAGUG